ACAUCCUUGUCCGAGUAUGAGGUAAUGAUACAGGAGACCGGACGACAUGAAUGGCGGAUGGGUUCGGGAGAUGCAUGGACCUCCAGAGCCACAUGAGAAGUGUUCAGAAUCCGGCUCAAGGUCGGAGCCCCCGUGUGGCUUGCCUCCGGCUGUGGCUGACGCCCUGAUCAAACAUUCAAACAUUCAAACAUAUACGGCGAACCAGUCACACCCAGCCCGCAGCCAAGCAUUUUGCAAUCCCGACCACUUUUUUCCAUUUCGUCCUCUGGAAGGUCACGUCCCCAACCUGCCUCAUCUGCCUCGCUGGUUGUCCGUCGCCAUGGCCACUCUUGGUGCUCUGAACCCCUAUGGGCAUCUGGCUCGGUCAGCCCGGACUGGCAUCACCUACAUACCUCGCCGCACCUUGACUUACUCCGUCAGUCGCCGUGCCCAAGAAAACGGCGACAAUGGAAACAAAGUCCCUCAAUCGAAAACCACCGCCUUUUCGUCCAUCAAGAACUUCUUUUUCGGUGGAAAGUCUGAUGCCCCAAAGCCUACGGUCCACCGAAGGACGGCUUCCCAGAAGCGAGAGGGUUCCCUGAGUGCGGACUCGAUUUUCGCGGAGGAUGAGCCCAAUCUGUCUACAUCCGGACCCAUGCCGACACGUCGAGCACAAGUUGAGCCUACCGAGGGAGAGGAGGCUGCUGACUACAGCGUGGAGCACCGGACUAAGGACCUUAUGCGGCAAGCCAUAGACCCGCGUCCUAAGCGCCGUAUCGCUUGGGAACGUAGCAUGGUUGCCCGAGAUAUUCGCCGCCGAGGCCGUCUGACGAAGACCGAGCAGAUUAUGCGCACCGAGCGUGAAUCGCUCUCCAAGUCCCAUUUUUUCAAGACCUCGGUUAAGAAGCUUGGUCCCCUGGCUCGCCAGAUCGCGGGAAAGAACAUCGAUGAAGCCAUACUGCAGAUGCGCUUCAGCAAGAAGAAGGCCGCCAAGGAUGUUCUCGAGCAUCUCAAGCAUGCGAAGAACGUUGCUAUAGUUCGGUCUGGUAUGGGUCUUGGCGCCCUCGAAGGCGAGACGGCAACCCGCAAGCCCAUUACGGUCACUCUCAAGUCUGGAGAGCGCAAGACGAUCACCGACCCGACUGCCAUCUACAUUGACCAGGCAUGGGUCAACCGGGGUCCAUAUGGUGUCGAUUAUGACCACCGUGCCAGAGGCCAGAUUAACCUCCUCCGCCCCCCAUAUACAGGAAUUUCAGUCGUCCUGAAGGAGGAAAAGACCCGGAUCAGGGAGUGGCAAGACCGGGAAGCUAAAGCGCAACGCCAGCGCAAAGCCCAGCUCUGGACACAGCUCCCCGACCGGAAAAUCUCUGCCCAGAACCAGUACUACAGCUGGUAAACCGUUUCUCCCGAUGUUUAUAUCCGGCCUUGUCUAGGCAAAUGAUGGGUUUCUUCGGCGUUGUCUCUUGUAUUAUUUUAGACCGUUAGCACUCCGCCUGGCGGGUCGACCAGCGUAUGUUCACUAUUCUUUCUAUUUGCGGCAUUUCUUUUGAAUCUAAACGCGGCCUACCAUCUCCCUCAUCUCCAUGGAUCAUUCUCUCCGAGCCGAGGAGGUAUCAGUUAAGUGCUAUCUAGGACGGACCAAAUUUUCAAGGAGCUUGUAGUGGACAGAGCUCACCACGUGUACAAUAUUGAAAUAUACUACAUAUAUCAGCAUGCUCUCUCAUCAAUCACAUCCCUUUCAGAAUAGCGAAUCUAUGGUCACAACAACACCCACUUCUAUGACCACCUAGCCCUCUAUAAAAAUAUCAAGCCCAAACUACGCUCAACCAUCUAAAGCACCCCCUCCCGACAAG